CCCCCGAAGAGAAGCCCCCUAGGGCCAGGAGGGACCGAGCCACAGUCUGACUGUACCGAGGGGCAUCAGAAAGGGGAACGCGAACGUGAGGUUCCCGCCUGGGCUCCGCUGCCGGAUCCAGGCCCAUCCGUCCGCUCCCUUCUCCACCGCAGAGGCUGAGGGGCGACCUGGGCAGACCCCGCCGCCCGGCUUAACCCCCACCCAGCGCACCGCAGUCGGGAGCCCGAGAGGCAGGAGGGAGGGGAACCCGAGGCGGGGGAGCCGAGGCUGGAGUGGAGAGGCGGAGGCUGUGGGGACGUGGAGUGGGAACGUGGUGGUGCCUGGGGGAGGGGGAUUGGGGCUGGAGCGCGGCACAGGCUGGGGCUGGAGCGGGGAACGGGAGGGAGAGGGCGGAGCUGGGCCGCAGAGGCCCCUCCCCGCGGCGGCACCGCGGCCGGGCCUGUUAUUCGGCUCGCCGUUCGGCCCGGACCCGCGCAGCGCCAGUGACUCGGGGAGUCGGCCCCCGCCUUCUCCCUGCCCGGGCCUAGAACCAUCCCAAACCCGAGAGGCCGGAGACAGAGCUGGAGAGGCUGCCGCAUCCCGGCCCAGCUUCCCCCACCAUCCCUCCCCUCCCCGCUGGACAUCUGGACCCUGGGCCACGCACCGACUGGGUUCCGGAAACACUCCCCGCCCAGCUCGGCCGCCCGGCCUCCCGCCGCCCGCUCUGCAGAGCCCCCAGCCCUCCUCCAGACCAGACUUCCGCCUACCCCUGGACUCCCCCUCCCUGUUCCCUCCCUCCCCCCCUCCCCCAGCCUGGAGCGGGGUAGGAGGGAGGGGGGGUGCGCGCCCGGCGCCGUCCCCGCCCCGCCCCCCGUGAUUCCCCCUGCAUGGCCGGCCCGGGUGGGGGGUGCGGGGGGGCCCGGGCGCCAUGCGGGGGGGGCACAAGGGGGGUCGCUGUGCCUGUCCCCAUGUGAUCCGAAAAGUGCUGGCAAAAUGCGGCUGCUGCUUCGCCCGGGGGGGACGUGAAUCCUAUUCCAUUGCUGGCAGUGAGGGGAGUAUCUCAGCUUCAGCUGCUUCGGGUCUGGCUGCCCUCUCUGGCCCCAGCUCUGGCCUCAGCUCUGGCCCCUGUUCCCCGGGCCCCCCAGGGCCAGUCAGUGGCCUGAGAAGAUGGUUGGGUCAUUCCAAACAUUGUCUCAGUGUGGAAACUGAGGCAGACGGUGGCCAGGCUGGACCAUAUGAGAACUGGAUGCUGGAACCAGCUCUAGCCACUGGAGAGGAGCUGCCAGAACUGACCCUGCUGACCACAUUGUUGGAGGGCCCUGGAGAUAAGACACAGCCACCUGAGGAGGAGACCCUAUCCCAGGCCCCUGAGAGUGAGGAGGAACAGAAGAAGAAGGCUCUGGAAAGGAGUAUGUAUGUCUUGAGUGAACUGGUAGAGACAGAGAAAAUGUAUGUGGACGACCUGGGGCAGAUUGUGGAGGGUUACAUGGCCACCAUGGCCGCUCAGGGGGUCCCAGAGAGUCUUCGAGGCCGUGACAGGAUUGUGUUUGGGAACAUCCAGCAAAUCUAUGAGUGGCAUCGAGACUAUUUCCUGCAGGAGCUGCAGCGGUGUUUGAAGGAUCCUGAUUGGCUGGCUCAGCUAUUCAUCAAACACGAGCGCAGGCUGCAUAUGUACGUGGUGUACUGCCAGAAUAAGCCCAAGUCAGAGCACGUGGUGUCAGAGUUUGGGGACAGCUACUUUGAGGAGCUCCGGCAGCAGCUAGGGCACCGCCUGCAGCUCAAUGACCUCCUCAUCAAACCAGUGCAGAGGAUCAUGAAAUACCAGCUGUUGCUCAAGGAUUUUCUCAAAUAUUACAGUAGAGCUGGGAUGGAUACUGAAGAGCUGGAGCAAGCUGUGGAGGUCAUGUGCUUUGUACCCAAGCGCUGCAAUGACAUGAUGACCCUGGGGAGACUUCGGGGGUUUGAGGGCAAACUGACUGCUCAGGGGAAGCUCUUGGGCCAGGACACAUUCUGGGUCACAGAGCCUGAGGCUGGCGGUCUGCUCUCCUCCCGGGGUCGAGAGAGACGUGUCUUCCUCUUUGAGCAAAUCAUCAUCUUCAGCGAGGCCCUGGGAGGAGGAGUACGAGGUGGAACGCAGGCUGGAUAUGUGUACAAGAGCAGCAUCAAGGUGAGCUGCCUGGGACUGGAGGGGAACCUCCAAGGUGACCCUUGCCGCUUUGCACUGACCUCCAGAGGGCCAGAGGGUGGGAUCCAGCGCUAUGUCCUACAGACUGCAGAUCCUGCGGUCAGUCAGGCCUGGAUCAAGCAAGUGGCUCAGAUCCUGGAAAGCCAGCGGAACUUUCUCAAUGCAUUGCAGUCACCUAUUGAGUAUCAGAGGAGGGAGAGUCAGACCAACAGCCUGGGGCGGCCAGGAGGGCUUAGAGUGGGGAGUCCUGGGAGAAUCCGGCCUGGAGACCGGGCCCAGGUCAGCACACAAGCACCCAUCAACGGCUCUCUCCCCUCCCUGCUGCUGUUGCCCAAAGGGGAGGUGGCCAGAGCCCCCCUGCCCCUGGACACACAGGCCCUCAGUGACUUCCACCAAGCUCCUCGUGACUCUCCUCCAGCUCCACCAAUCCCAAAUACCCCUCCCUGCCAAGCCAGACUUGCCAAGCUGGAUGAAGAUGAGCUGUAACUGGUGAAGGCCUGGGGUGGUGCUGGCCCGGCCACCCUAUUUCCCGAGGAACUUCAGGGCAAACCUUCUGGCACCACCUCAGAAUUCCUUCUUGAUGUGUCUGGAGAGGGGGCAAGGCUGGGAGUGGUGUUGACUUGGACGAGGAUACCUAGACUCAAAAGGACUUCUUUCUGUUUAAGGAAUGUAGGUUCCUUCAGCUCCCACCCCUUCUGCAUGCAUCACAGGUGCCCCCCCAAAAGGAGGAUGUGUGGGUGGGUGGGAGGGCUGGGG